AUGUCAAAGAUUGUGAAUAAGUUCAAGAAUUGGUCGCGUAUAUUAUUGAGUUCGCGUGGAGCUUUAAAGAUGAAGGACUGGUCAAAUUUACAAAUAACAAAACAAUUAAGGACCGGUCAGCAAUGGGGUUUAGCUGCUAAAACCAAAUUCUUCAAGUUAGCAAUGAGCCUUUUUUUUUCUAAAUAUAGACAGGAAAAGCCGCAUUGCAUUGAAGAAAAAAAAAGGGAAUUCAAAGAGGAUAAGCCAGCAAAACACGCUUGGUUUCCAGAUCCCGAGUUUCUUAAACAAUUUGCAGGUACAGUUAUGUAUCCGCAGUGUGACGAAUGGAAUAAAAAGCCAUUCUUCAAAGGACCCGAUACAAAUUUUGAAGAGCCCAAAAAUUUUUGUACGACAUUUAUCAACUUUGGUCCAGCUCAUCCGGCCGCUCAUGGUGUGCUGCGCAUGAUAAUAGAAUUAGAUAAUGAAACUGUCGUGUCAGCUGAUUCUCAUAUUGGUUUACUACAUCGCGGCACGGAAAAACUCAUCGAGUAUAAAUCCUAUUUACAGUCUUUACCCUAUUUUGAUCGUUUGGAUUAUGUAUCAUGCAUGUCAAAUGAACUGUGCUAUGCCAUGGCUAUUGAAAAAUUGUUGGGCAUAAAAGUGCCAAGGAGAGCUCAAUAUAUACGAACCAUGUUUUCAGAAAUAAUGCGUUUAACGAAUCAUACUGUUGCCGUAACUACAGCGAUUUUGGAUUGUGGCGGUUUGACGCCGUUGUUUUGGCAAUUCGAAGAACGCGAAAAGUUGUAUGAGUUUUGCGAACGAGCCUCGGGUGCUCGCAUGCAUACUGCUUAUAUUAGACCUGGUGGCGUUGCUUGGGACAUACCUUUGGGGUUUUCUGAUGAUUUGAAUGACUUUUGUAGCAAAUUCGUUGAGCGUAUUGAUGAACUUGAAGAUUUGAUUACGGAAAAUCGCAUAUGGAAGAUGCGUACCGUCGGUAUAGGUUCUUUAUCAGCCCAUGAUGCCAUUAAUUAUGGUUGUUCGGGUGCUGUGUUAAGAGCUACUGGCGUUAAAUGGGAUCUACGUAAAACACAACCGUAUGAUGCAUAUCCCGAAAUUGAUUUCGAUGUGCCGAUCGGCAAAAAUGGCGACUGCUAUGACCGAUACUUAGUGAGAGUGCAAGAAAUGCGUGAAGCCGUACGCAUUAUACAACAAUGUCUGAAUAAAAUGCCUAGCGGAGAAGUUAAAAUUGAUGAUCAUAAAAUUGCACCACCGAAGCGUUACGAAAUGAAAAAAGGCAUGGAAGAUUUAAUACAUCACUUCAAAUAUUUCAGUCAAGGCAUAAUAGUACCACCCGGACAAACGUAUACGGCGGUUGAAUCGCCCAAAGGCGAAUUUGCAGUGUAUCUUGUAUCGGAUGGAACGUCAAGGCCGUAUCGUUGUAAAAUUCGCGCUGCCAGUUACCCACACUUGGCAUUAAUGGAUAAGUUAUCGAAACGUCAUUUAUUGGCCGACCUUGUAGCAAUUAUCGGCUCAUUGGAUAUAGUAUUUGGUGAAAUAGACCGUUAAAUAUAAUGGGUGUUUUA